AUGAAUUAAUUUGAGAAAGAGACAAAACAAUUUAUUGAUGAAUUAAAAAAUGGUGUUAGCAACAUCUUAGUAUUUUCGUAUUUAUACUUUCAGGUAGCUAUCCGAGUAAGACCGUUGAGUUAAAAAGAGAAGAGUCAAUCAGAAUUUGAGACUAUUAGAAUUUUGGAAAUAAAAUGAUUGUUCUUUUGGAUCCUGAUUCAGAAAGAGAGGAUGAUGUAUUGAGAUUGAUUACAAAUAGUUAUUAAAAAAAAAUAGGCUAAAAGAAACAAGUUUUGCAUUUGAUUUUGUGUUUGACAAAUGGGCUCCGUAGUAAAUAAUUUAUGAAAACACUACCGAAUUUCUAUUAGAAGGAGUAUUGGAGGGUUACAAUACUACUGUGUUUUGUUAUGGAGCAACAGGUUCAGGAAAAACCUUCACGUAAUUUUGAUUUAUAAUUAUUAGAAUGAUAGGCACUCAACAAGAGGUCGGAAUAAUGCCAAGAGCCUUAUAGCAACUUUUUAAUUUUUCAAUAUAAGAUAGAUUUAAAGAUACUUAGUUUAAAGCUUGUUACGUGGAGAUUUACAAUGAAAACAUUCGAGAUCUGCUGACAUCCGAAGAUAAAAAUCUAGAAACAAGAGAAGACAAAAAUAGUGGAAUCUAAAUUGCAGGAGUGACAGAAGUAGAAGUAAGAACAGUUUCAGAAGUUCUGGCACUUUUAAAAGUGGGCAACAAAAAUAGAUCAAAAGAGGCAACUGAUGCAAAUAAAGAAUCCUCUAGAUCUCAUGCAAUUUUGUAACUUUAAAUUGAAAGCAAAGAAAGAGCAACAGGAAUACAAGAACAAAUUAUUUAAAGCAAAUUUAGUUUAGUAGAUUUGGCUGGCAGUGAAAGGGCUGCCAAUACAAAUAACAAAGGACAAAGAAUGAUUGAAGGAGCUAACAUAAACAAAUCUUUAUUAGUGUUAGGAAAUUGCAUUUAAUCUCUAUCUGAGGCUAAUGAAAAAGGGGUAAAAAAUCCUUUUAUACCCUUUCGUAAUUCCAAGCUAACUCGUCUUCUUAAAGAUUCUUUGGGAGGAAAUUGCCGAACAGUUAUGAUCUCAAAUGUCACUCCAGCUGUAAAUUGUUUUGAAGAAACUUAUAAUACUUUAGUUUAUGCUAAUAGAGCUAAGAAUAUUAAAACUAUUGCAAAUCGAAAUGUGUUGAUGGCAUAAAAUCAUAUAAGCAAUUAUGCUCAAUUGAUUUAAAAUUUAAGAUAAGAAAAUGAGGAAUUAAAAUUGUUAAUUUAAUAACAAUAAUAUAAUUUAAAUAAUCCAUAAUUAAGUAUGAAUAAAAAUUUUAGAACUGCCAUCAAUAAUUUAAAAGAACCCUCCAAGUGGUCAAUAAAGUUUAAAAUAAUAGGUCUCUGAAUUGGAAUCUAUUAUUCAUUAAAAUGUUGAAGAUAUCAUACAAACAAAAAAUUUAAUUUUAUGAAAUGGAAGAGCAAUAAAAUCAUUUCUAAUAGAAUAUUGGAUUUCUAUAAUUUUAAAAAGGGAGAACAUAAGACAAGUUUGAAUAGAUGAGAUUAUAAGAAAGAAUGGAUAAUGCAAAAAAUUAAAAAGCUAUUGUAAAAAGAAGUCAAGAUGAUCUUGAAUAACAUUUAGUGGAGUAUGAGGUCCAAAAGGUUGAUAUUUAAAAAUAGGUUUAAUAAAUUCAAGAUUCUAAUUACAAGAACUGUUUAUAUGGAAUAAUGAAAUAGGGUGAAUUUAAAAUUGUACAAUAUAAUAAAAUCAUUUUAGGAAACAAUUGAAAUUAAAAUUUAAGAAAAAAAAAGGAAAUACCAAGAAUAAAUUUAAGACGAACAGGUCAAAUAAUUAAGAACAUAGAUUAAUAAAUAACAAGCCAAAAUUAUCUAGGGUACUAAAUAGAAAUUAAAUGUCCUUAAAAAAGGUAUUAGAAUAUCUCUAAUAUUUAUUAAGUACCAAGCUUACCUGGAGUUGAUUCUCCUUAUUAUUAGUUAUAAAAUGGAUAAAAUUAUGGUAUCUAGAGGUAAAAUAUUCAUUCUAUUAGAUAUUAAAAAAAUAAAUCUCAUUUAAAAUUGCCACCAGUUGUUCAACUAGCAUAAGUAUACAAGUCGCCAAAAGCAUAAAAUACAAGUUUAACAAGUAAUCUAAUUUUUCAAAUAAGAUAAAAUUGAUGAUCCAAUGAAAUAUAGAAUAUCAUAAAAAUAUUCUUCAAGACUGAAUCGCCCUCCUUCCUAUCAUCCACCAAGUUCACAAAGAAAAUCUGCUAAAGGGCGAUAUAUUAAUCGUUCAUUAGAUUUAGGCUCAGGUCGAGAUUGCAUAAAUAAGAGUUCUGGAGAAAUACAAAAUGAGAUUAGUUUGCAAAAACUUCAUCGUCUUCGUAAAGAAUACUAACAAUAAAGAUUUGAAAAGGCUAUGAAUAAUAAAAGCAAUUAAAAAUCAUAACCUUCAUUUGGUAGUAAAAUUUUGCUUCCAGGAAUGAUUCACAAAUCACCCUAUUUAAAAAAUUUUUAAAACAAUAACGAACCAAUUGAAUUAAAAAAAUAGAGACUAAAAUGUUUAAUCUGA